UAAAAUACCCAAAUAAUACUCCCAAUCACUCUGAAAGAAUUAGGACGAAUACUUUUUUCUUCGAAAGUUCUAAUCUCUGUAGCCAAAUAUCUUCAUAAUUAGCAAUUAGGUAGUAGUUUCCAAUUAGGAGGAAAAACAGAAAGAUGAGAUUAUUUGAUCUAGAGAAGCAAUUUGCCUUCUACGAAGCAUACCACAGCAACCCAGUGAAUUUCUUGAUUCACAUGGUGUUUGUGGGACCAAUCUUCUUCACUGCUCUUAUUCUCUUCUACUUUACACCCCCGCUUCUGAAUUCCACUCCAAUUAAGCUAUAUGAAGAUAGUUGUUUCUUGGGCUUGAAUCUCGGGUUCUUGUUUACUUUGAUUUAUGCCUUGUUCUAUGUGUGUUUGGACAAGAAAACUGGCUCUUUAGCUGCUUUUCUCUGUUUACUUUAUUGGAUAUCAAGCAGUUUUGUUGCUCAUUAUCUGGGGUUCUCUCUCGCCUGGAAGGUUGUUCUUGUCGCUCAGUUAUUCUGUUGGACCGGACUGGUUAUAGGCCAUGGAGUGUUUGAGAAACGAGCACCUGCUCUGUUGGACAAUCUUGCGGAAGCAUUCCUUAUGGAACCUUUCUUUGUACUUUUAGAGGCUCUCCGGACAUUUACUGGCUAUGAACCAUAUCCUGGAUUUCAUGCAAAAGUCAAAGCUACAAUAGAUGCUGAAAUCAAACAAUGGCAGGAGAAGAAACACAAGAAAAUGUCCUAGGUUUGAAUCUGGGGGAAUAAAGGCUUACUUCUGAAAACACAAGGAAGUUGGAGCUCUAUUGGAAUUUGAACAUCCAGUUAAGCAUGGUGAAAGGGUCAAGAACUAAAGUGAGGUGUCAACCAUCACAUGUAACGAAUGAAAGCAAUAAGCCAAUUCCCUGUAGGGCCUGUUUGGAAAGCCACUCCGUAAUUGGAUUUGGGUAUAAUUGGGUAUAAUUACUCAAUUUUGAUAUGUUUGUAAUUACUUGGUCAGCAUGUAAUUGAUUGUAAUUAUACUCUGUAACUCUCAAGGGGAGCUGAGAAUUGCUGGUAAUUAUAUGGUAUAAUUACCGGGUUAUUUUUUAAUCUCUUUUCUUUUGGCCAAAUACA